AUUCCACCAUUACUACCUCAACACAACACAACACAACAAAACACACAUCCCUUAUUAAGUGUGGGACCCUCCACUUGUGUAGCUGUAACACACCACAACCACAGUUUGGAAUGGCAAUAGCUGAAGAGAAGAAGGCAGAGUCAGGGUCAGGUGGCAAGGUCGAUUGCAAUUUUUUCAAGCUUCCCUUUCGCCGUUCAACUGUUUCCGUUCAUCGUCACAACCCUCCCACCUCCAGUUCCGUUUCUUCCGUUGCCAAAUCGAUCCUCCCAACACGACGUCGUCUCAAGCUCAAUCCUUCCAAUAAGCUCUACUUCCCUUAUGAGCCGGGCAAGCAGGUUAAGAGUGCCAUCAGGAUUAAAAACACUAGCAAAUCCAAUGUAGCUUUCAAGUUUCAAACAACUGCGCCCAAAAGCUGUUUCAUGCGCCCUCCUGGGGCCAUUCUUGCACCUGGGGAGAGUAUAAUUGCAACUGUGUUCAAGUUUGUAGAGCAACCAGAAAAUAAUGAAAAGCCUGAAAAAACUGGACUCAAAUUUAAAAUCAUGAGCUUGAAGGUCAAAGGAUCAAUUGAUUAUGUCCCUGAGCUGUUUGAUGAGCAGAAAGACCAAGUAGCAGUGGAGCAGAUUUUGCGGGUUGUUUUUCUGGAUCCAGCACGUCCAAGUUCCGCUUUGGAAAAACUGAAGCAUCAGCUGGCUGAGGCUGAUGCUGCUCUUGAGGCACGUAAGAAACCCCCAGAAGAUGCAGGUCCUAAGAUUAUUGGUGAAGGGCUUGUCAUAGAUGAAUGGAAAGAGAGGAGGGAAAGAUACCUCGCAAAGCAGCAGGGUGAAGUGGUAGUGGACUCUGUAUAAGGUGCUGGUCUGAAAUUAUGUAUAGUGAACUCUGAAAUACAGCCUAGGAAGAUGUUCUCUUCGGGGAAAUAGUUAUGUAAUCAAAGCGUCUUUGUUUAGAAAAAAAUUCAGGGGAAUGGCAAGCGUACUUUUGAGAAACCUAUUUUUGGAUGAGAUCAUCCUCCGUAUCUGUAGAUAAGUGUCAUUUGGUUUUUGGGAAUAAUAUUUUGACGGAUUUGAUGUGAAGUGGUUUAUUAUAAUUUUUGUGUGAUCAAUGAUUGAC